CCUAAUCGACUACCAAUUAAUUGAUUAUAAUUAUUAGGAAAAUUUCAUUCUCAAUUAUUAUUUUUCUAUGUCAAUGUGAUACUUUUCAGUUGUUGUUUCGGUAAAAAAAGGCUGUAUUUCAAUUAUAUCUUAUGGAGGACAAAUUACCAUCCAAGGAAACUCAUUUGUGGACUUUGAGCGAUUUUAUUGAACGGCGCAAAGAAUGGGAUCAAGGAGAUGAAGCACGAUUAGCGGAAUACCUUCAACAACUGUCUAUUAAAAUAACUCAAGGUGCUAAGAAUACAUUAAACGAAUUGGAUGAUUUAGUAGCCAGUAUAGAUGACACUGCUGUUCAAAUAGCAAACAUUAAUAAUGAAUUUCAGUUAUUAGCAGACAAACAGUUUAUAGAAAACAAAGUACAAGAAGAAGAUGAGACAGUGCAAACUAAAGCAGAAAAGCCAGUAGUACGAGAAAUCAAUGAAGCUGAUACAUUCAUAAAUAAUAUAAAAGAAGCACUUAAAAAUAGCUUUAAAGCUAUUGAUAAUCAUUUUGAGAAAAUUACUGUGAUAGUUAGUGAUUCUGAUGAUUCUGAUGAUGAACUAAAACAUGAAGAAACUGUUUUAAGACCAAGGAUAUUUUACAAAAAAUUAAAUCUUCCUUCACUAAGUGGUAACACACUAUCUGAUAUUGUUGUAGAUAACGUCAUGUUGUCAGAUUCAGAUUCUGAUGUUGAGCGACCUACAAAUACAUUUAAAGAUCAGGAAUCUUUGUCUAGCAAUGAUGCAUCUGAAGAAAACAUCUAUGAUAUUAGUGAAUCAAAAAAAACAUAUGAACCUAUUCCUGAAUCAGUAGAAACCAAUAAUGUUAUUUUUGAAUCGGAAAAUUCUAUACCUAAAAAUAUUCCCUCUUACGCACAUUAUGAUGAAGAUGAUUUGUUUACUCCUCCACCUUUAAUUAAUGAUGAUGAUGAUGAAAAUUUGGAGGAUGAAUAUAAUAUAUUUGGUAAUGGUAGUAGUAAAGUGUUUGGUGAAAAUAACUUAUGGGAUGAUAUUGAUGAUGAUGACAAUGAACCACCUUUAUCGAUAUACUCAGAUAAACCACCUCAACAAGAAACUAAAUCUAAUACUCAAGAAAAGGUUGGACAACCAAGUAUACAACAAACUCUAAAUGAUGAAUUGCGAAAACGAUUCCAAAAAGAUAGUACAUCUUCGUCAGACAAUGUAAAUGUCAUAUCUAAAAUAAAAUUACCCAAAGGAGCUGUUAAUAUUCUUGGUGGAACUGAUGUAAAGCCAUACAUUUCUGGUACUGCUCAAAACACAAGAACACCAGUAAUACCUGAGAUGAGUAAAAAAGUAAUUGUACCAACCCAGAAUGAUACUGUACAAGAUAUCAAAAAAGAUUUUAAUAUUUCAAACAAACUUGUCGACAAUUCCAAUUCAAAUUUAGUUACUGUUGAAAGUAAAGAAUUAACAAAAGAAACAAAACCAAUGAAAAAACGAUCACUCUUUGAUCAGGAAUCAGAUGAUGAUGACUUGUUUACCAAUAAAACAACAAUGGCUUUUUCAGCUACAAAACCAGACAUUUUAGAAUCUAAAGAAAGUUUAAUUAAAGAUAAAAAAUUAUCAACAAAUAUAUUUUCAGAUGAAGAUUCAGAUGAAGACUUUAUGGAUUCAAAACUGAAAACAAAAGGAUUAGCUUCGCAUUCUAUUAUUGAUAAUAAUUCUACUAAACCUUUAGACUCUUCGUUUGAUGAUGAUUUAUUUAAUAUUCAAUCUAUUAAUAAGACCAUAUCAAAAGAAAAAUCUGUAAUAAGUUCUUCACCAAUUCUUGUUGAAGUAUCAAAUAAAUCAAAUGAAAUAACACAUGUAUCAAAACCCCCCGUACCAGAAAAUAUAUUAAGAGGGAUGUUAAAUGAAGAACAUAUUGACAAAUUGGAAAAUAAUGCAGUAAGUUCUAAAGUGGCUAAUACUAAACUUACUGAAAAAAAAUUGUUACCAAAUAAAAACAUAUUGAACAGCAAUAAUAUGGAAUCUCCAAACAAUGACAAUAUUAUGAUACAAAUUAAUCAAAAGUCUCCAAUUUUAAAACAGACAAAAAAGUUUAGUAAUUUUUUUUCAUCAGAUGAAGAUGAAUCGGAUGAUGAUAUUUUGUUUAAUACUAAUGAAACAAAUAAAAAUAGCAUUGUUAAGGAUCAACUAUUUUCUAAUGCAAAGGAAUUAGGUCAAAAUAAAAAUUAUGAGCUUCAGAGAUCAAAAUUAAACUUAUUUGAUUCUUCUUCUGAUGAUGAUAUAUUUAUUACUAAUAAACCAUCUUCAAUUAGUAAAAAAGAAUCCAUUUUAAAUGAAAUUAAAAAUAUAGGUACCUCAAAACAGACUGAUGCUCAUACCAUAAUUAAUAAUAUGCCAAACAUUGAUAAGAUAAAUCAGACCGGAAAUGACAUUAUUGAUAAAAGUAAUUCUAAAACUUUUAGUGUAUUGUCUGAUGAUGAUGGAGAUGAAAUUUUUUUGUCUUUUGAUAAGAACAUUUCUGAUGCCUGUAUGGAUGUAUCUAAUAAUCAAAGUAUAAAUGAUAAAAUAUUGACAGUUAGUUUGUCAUCUGAAGAAUUUUUAAGUCCACAAAUGGAUCAAAAAAAUCAAGAUAUAUUUCAGAGUACACCUCCUGAUAACUUCAAAAAUAAUAAGGAUCAUGAAUCAUUUAGUCAAAAGGAGAUUCAUAUGCCCAAAAAUGAAAAUACAUUCCAGAGCAAUAAAAGCUCUAUGUUUUCAAGUAGCGACGAUGAACAAUUCAUUUUUAGUCCACAAAUUAAAAAUGAGAAUUCUUUUAAAGAAUCUAAAAUAAUUCCUCCAACUUCAAAUCUACCACAAGAAAAUUUACUAAAUAAUAAGAAUCAAGAAUCAUUCAAUGAAAAUGAUAUAAAAACUACAUCAUUGCCCAUUUCUUCAGAAAAUACAAAUCAGGAUAUCAAAAAUUCUAUAAUUUCAAAUAGUGAUGAUAAUAUCCCAAUUUCUUUUAAUUCAGAUGUUCAAAAUGUGAAUACUAUUGACGAAAUUGAAGUGAUUUGUCCACCAUCAGACUUGUCUCUUAAGGAUUCUAUUGAUGGCCCUAUUUUCAGUUCACCAAAUUCAAAGAAUGAAACUUCUAAAAAAAUUCCAGGAAAAUUAAGUAAAAAUGCUGGUGCCUUUAUAAAUAUUGCUAGUUUACUUCCUAAUUCUAAAAUUCCGUUGAAAAUAUCAAAUAUUGCUCAAUCGGUUUCAUUAGAUGAAAAGAAUGAUGAUACGUUACCAACUAAUGGAACAAAGCUUUUUAGUGCUGAAAAAGAAAGAGUCAGAAUUCAAGUAAAAAGACGUCCACAAAGUCGAAAAGCUAGGAUAGCUGCAGCUCGAAUGUCAUCUAUAGAUAUUGGUUCUGAAACAGACUUUCAGGAGUCAUCUCGUUUAUUUGUUUCAACAUCUAAUUUAGUUGACUAUCAAUCUAGUCCAAUACUAAAUGAUAAUAUUACAGAUACUGAUUCUUCUAAUGAAGUUAAAAAAAAUAUUCUAGAACCAUUUAACACAAAAUCAUUUGUGGAUAAUGAUUAUAAAAUUUAUGAAAAUUCUGAAAAAACAAAAACAAAAACUGAGCUUGAAAAAAAAUCUUUUUCUGAUUUAUUUGAUUAUGAUUCAGAUCCACUUGAGUCAUUUCAACAAGAAUUUGACUCAAUAGAUAGUAAUAACACCAAAAAAUUUACACCGGAUGAACAACUAUUAGAAUCUAAUAAAUCAAUACAGGAACAAAACCUAGAAAUUGAACCAGUGCAUGAAAAACUUCUAGAGAAUAAAUCAAUAAAAGAAAUACAACCAGAAGUUUUAUCAACUAGUAAAAAACUUCCAAAAAUUGACCCAAUAAGUGAAAUACAAGUUAAAACAUGUAAUGUAGAAAAUUUACAAGAAAAUAAAUCUAAAUCUCCGACUUCAAAUAAUUUAUUACCACAGAAAUACAAUUCAUUAUUUGAUGAUGAUGAUGAUGAUGAUGAUAUAUUCUCUCAAAAAUCUGGGAAAGUAAAUAAGCCAACUUCAAAUAUAUUUGAUAGUGAUGAUGAAUUUGAAUUUAACUCAAAGUUUGUAAAAAAGAAAUCUGAUAAAACUAAGUCAAUAUUUGAUGAUGAUAGUGAUGAUGAUCUAUUUAAUACUUCCAGCAAACCUUCAGGAAGUAAUUUAACUUCUAAAAAACCAAUUGAUAAAUUAAGUCAGCAACAAAAUAGAUCUGUUGGUGAUGGAUAUGUAAAACUUGCUGCCGAAAGUGUUGCUAUUAAUCCGUUAGAAUCUAAGGAAAACUGAAUAUAUUUGUAAAAUUUUUAUAUUGGAAUUUAUGUGAUAUAUAUUAUGCAUGGUAAAAACUUUCCUUAAUAUUUGUACUUUUGGAACAACAAAAAACAUAAAUUUAAAUAUUUUUUUUAACAAUCUGAAUAUUUGAUGAAGAGCUUUAUUUA